UUAAGCGUAUUUGUUUGAUUGCAAUCGUUCAGGUGCGUGUUAUGACACUCCCGUUGGCGUUCGUGAUGAACUGAAAGUGAUUCCUGAUGGACGCAUGUCUGCAAGCUCGAACCUCGCCGGUUUUUCAGCCUCACGUGGUCGCCUGGCUGGAACUGGUGCCUGGUGUCCAAAUGUCAGUGACAGUGAUCCAUAUCUUACGAUAUACCUGGGACAAAGCUACGUAAUAUGCGGUGUCGAGGUGCAAGGAAAACCUGGCGCUUCAGAGUCUACAAACUUUACGCUCCAGUAUUCCACAAACGGUACAAACUUUACCGAUGUUGACUCAAGAGAGAUCUUUUACGCCUCCUCAGCUGGUGGUGACGUCACUACAUUUCAUACUCUGAACACAUCCGUAAUUGGGAUAUAUGUCCGGUUUAAGCUAUUUUCCAUUGAUACUUGCCUGAGAGUAGAGAUAUACGCUGUUCCAGUUUCAGAAGUAAACGACUGUGACCUAAAUCCUUGCGAAAACGGUGCUAUUUGUGUCGACGGAGUAAAUGACUAUACUUGUACCUGUAUGGCUGGCUACGAUGGCAAGAACUGUUCAGAAA